AUCUCUUAUCCACCAAAGUGGACGUGAUGUCUUCCCAUUGGCAUGCACUGUUAGUGGAUUCUCUAAAAGCUGUUUCUGUUACUGUGCUUACAGAUUCCAGAGCUGGAGAGGGAGCACCGAGAGCAGUCGACCAUGCGGUCAUCGGAGGAGUGGUGGCUGUGGUUGUCUUUGCCAUGCUCUGUCUACUCAUCAUUUUGGGACGGUACUUUGCAAGACACAAAGGUAUGUGACAAACCCUUUUGUUUUCUAUUUAGAAGCACCUCUGUGGAAUCACAAGGUUAAACAUUUAAAAAGAGCACAGACACACUAUCAUUUUAUGAUUUAUUUUACUCAGUGUCAUACUAGCAUUGUCCAGGGCAAUCAGAAAAUCACUUCCCUCUCCCCCCAAACUCUGUUUUAGAAAUUAUAUCAUACCUCCUGAGCCCCAUCUUAUUGUCUCUCUGUUAUGGCUACUGUACUUUUGAAGGGGUGGUCUUUAGAGUGCAGCCGAUGGUUUUGGUUUUGAUUCCAAAUUACUCCCUGCCCUUCUCCAUUCGAUCUGGGCUAUCGCCUUUAUUAUCAGGUCCAAAACUGUUGGGAUGUGAAUAAUCCCUGUCGGAAAUUAAAUUUGAAGUGGAUUGCUCAUUCCCACUUGUUCGUUGAACUUGACAAGGUUAAUUUGGAGGCGUGAGCUGAGCUGAAGAGGAAUCUUGAGCAUCCCGCGGUUAGGCUUGUUUCAUGGAAAUCAAAUAAUAGAUUUUCAUGCGCAAAUCUUGAAUGCCAAUCAAGGAAUGCCAACAGAGGGGGUUGCAGUGGCAAAUAAAGAAUUGACCUACCAGAAUUAAAAACCUAGCACCUGAUGUAUAAUUUGAGUUUGUGUAGGUGUGCAAAAGUUUAAUGAUUCUAUUUAUAUGUAUUUUAUGAGAUAAUACAAUAUAUAUUUUACAGUUAACCUCAUGGGUUGUUUUGGUUCAAUGAUUUGCUUGUAAAUGCCAAGGAAACAUAUGACUAGGCAUUCAGGAGCUUAGGAAUGAAGUGUCCAUUUUUAUGAUUUGUUAAUUCCUUGUCCUUUCCCCCCUUCAGGUACCUACUUCACGCAUGAAGCUAAAGGAGCCGACGAUGCAGCAGACGCAGACACGGCCAUUAUCAACGCAGAGGGGGGCCACAACAAUUCGGACGAGAAAAAGGAGUACUACAUA